CUCCUGGCCGCACACAUCUUGUUGAGCGCCGCAGCGUCGCUGUCGUUGUCGAAGCUCCGACACGGUGACGCGUAUGGACCGGUAACAACCCCCUGGACUCCUCUCUGCGCCUCCUUCCCAACCGACGAGUCCAAUUUCCGCCACCUUUCCCGGGCCCUCUCUCCUUUGCGCGGGGGGGCUAAGAGGAGAAAAGCGGGGCUUGGUGCGGCGAAGGCGGCGAAGUGUCCUCGAUGGCAGGCUGGAAGGACGGCUCGGUCCAGGAGAAGUACCGGCUGGUUGUCGUGGGCGGCGGCGGUGUCGGCAAAUCGGCCCUGACGAUCCAGUUUAUUCAGUCCUACUUCGUCACCGACUAUGACCCUACGAUUGAAGACUCUUACACCAAGCAGUGUGUGAUUGACGAAAGGGCAUCUAGGCUGGACAUUCUUGACACGGCUGGGCAGGAAGAGUUUGGAGCCAUGAGAGAACAAUACAUGAGGACAGGGGAGGGCUUCCUGCUCGUCUUCUCUGUCACUGACAGAGGAAGCUUUGAAGAAAUCUACAAAUUCCAAAGGCAAAUCCUGCGAGUCAAAGACCGAGAUGAAUUCCCCAUGAUCCUUGUAGGAAACAAAGCAGAUCUUGAACUACAGAGACAAGUAACCCAAGAGGAGGGCCAGCAGCUGGCCAGACAGUUAAAGGUCACAUACAUGGAGGCUUCAGCCAAAAUCCGCAUGAACGUCGACCAGGCUUUCCAUGAACUUGUUCGAGUAAUCAGAAAGUUCCAAGAGCAGGAAUGUCCACCGUCGCCAGAGCCGACAAGAAAAGAGAAGGACAAACGUGGCUGCCAUUGCGUGAUCGUCUGAGUCGGCCUUAUCACUGUAACUCAUGACCGCUGCUCUCUUGUCUGUUGCCCCGCCCACUCUGCCUGGUGGAUGACUGACCGCUGCCUUCUCCACGUGCAUGACUCCAGUAGGCUCCGCCUCUAGGAUAUUGGGAUUGGGGGCGUGGGGCGGCUGUCCCCAGGACAUCACCAUGGACAACUGACAAUGCCAAAAUCUGAACACCACUCUACCUUCAGCCAUAGUCCAUAUUCACACGAGAGAGUCCCGACACUUAACAUUGCCUUCUGACCAAUAUAUGUUUUGUACUCUGGAGGACUUCUCUUGCCUUGUAGUGAUUUGUACUUGCUGCUGAGAUUGAAUGAAAAAAAAAAAAAACUCAACAAAAAAAAAAGACGUAACCCGAAUGUUAACAAGUGGAACGGAGAGAUUUAUCUUAUGGAGCUUUGUUUAUGUUGUGCCAUCUUUUCUUCCAUGUGCUAAUCUGCUACUGUACAUAUGUGACAUUUGUUGUGAUUUAUAAAGUGUAUUUCUAAUGACUAUUAAAUCACCACAGUACGGUGUGUGAGCUUGGUUUUGCAUAUAUGAAAGUGACUAUGAUAAUGUACAGUAUAUAAAUGAUGCCUAGACACGCCCUUAAAGCUACAAUGUUGGAACUUUUAAAUUCUUUUAGUUUUGUUGCGUCUUCUGCUUCCAUCUCAAUUGCCAAAUAUAGAAUGUCUGCUGUGUGCUCCCCUGUUUUUUUUCAUUGUUGGUUUUUGAAGUCUUAUAGAUUCACAUACAGAUGUUUCUUCUUCGUUGGUGGCGAUUCAGUCAAGGACCAGACGCAGCUGUAUUGUUUUUAAUAUCGACGCUAACUGUAUCAAAUUCAAGGAGUCACCACUUGAUGAGUUCUAUGAACACUUUACAAUCUUUGAGUCAAUCCAAUCAAUAGAAGUUAAUUAAUGUUCAAUUCUUAAACAACAUUGUUCUGUUGGAUAAAACAGUUGAAGUAGUAAAAUGGCGGACCUGCCACCUGUGAUGUCAUGAUCACUAGACACUGCAUACUGUCCUCUUCUCGAUACUGUAGUUUGUCUUUGAUAUCAUCUUCUUGUCAUCUCUAGAACAGACUUGAUGAAAUGUUUCUACUUUUCUACAUUAUUUUCUUAUCAAACGAGCUGGCGGUAUUUUUUAUAUGUUUAUAAGUGAAUAUAUGUAAAGAGGGAUAUUUAAUUAUCUUGGUUGUUUUAAGAUAGUGUUGCCCUAAUUUAAACAAAAUUGGAUUCUUUGUGCAGAAGUGAUGCUUUCUAGAAAUGGAGAUGAUAUUUAUCCAUGUCAAGUCUGGUAUAAGGAAGAGGUUUAGCAUUGGAGUACUAAUAAUCAACAAAAAUGUAUAAUUCUAAGCUACAAUACUCCCAGUGUUAAAAUGCUAAUGCAUAUCAAAAUCAUACUGAUUUUUUCCUUUUUCUUCCAUAGUGUCUUUUUGUGUUGAGCUUUUCUGAUGCUGAAAUAAAAUAUUUCAUUGA